UUGAAAUUUUGGAUUUUAAAAGUUAAAACCACAAUUGAAUGAGGAGAGGAUUUUCCAGAGUCAAGGGGGAACAGUUGAUCGCUACAUUUCUUAGCUCUUCUCUUACUUCUCUGCAUCCCCCGCCGCCUCUCUCCGCCACCGCCUAUCCCUACUUUGGGAUUCAGUUCUUCCUCAAUUUCCCGCUUUUUCGCUGUUUUUCUUCGUCAUCUACGUCGUCCGAGCCUCUGAUUUCUUCAUUUCUGCCGUAUUCUCCGCCAGCAAUGCCAGGGGCCGGUUCUCAAGACGUGGAAUGGCCGGCCACCCGCGUGAGGGACACAUUUUUUCGAUUUUUUGAGGAGAAGAAUCAUGUUCAUUGGAAGUCUAGUCCUGUUGUGCCGGUUAACGACCCGACCCUUCUCUUUGCUAAUGCUGGUAUGAAUCAGUUCAAGCCCAUUUUUUUGGGCACAGCUGAUCCUAAUACGUCUUUGAGCAAGCUUACCCGAGCUUGCAACACCCAGAAAUGCAUUCGUGCUGGUGGGAAACACAAUGAUCUCGAUGAUGUUGGAAAAGACACUUAUCACCAUACUUUCUUUGAGAUGCUUGGCAAUUGGUCGUUCGGUGAUUACUUUAAGAAGGAAGCCAUCGAAUGGGCCUGGGAGCUCCUUACCCAGGUUUAUAAACUGCCCACAGAUCGAUUUUAUGCCACCUACUUCGGUGGUGAUGAGAAAGCUGGUCUUGCACCUGAUAAUGAAGCCAGAGAUAUAUGGCUGAAGUUUUUACCAGCUGAACGUGUCUUACCUUUUGGCUGCAAAGACAAUUUCUGGGAGAUGGGUGAUACUGGUCCUUGUGGACCUUGCACUGAGAUACAUUAUGAUAGGAUUGGUGGUCGAGAUGCUGCACGAUUGGUUAAUAAUGAUGACCCCACAUGCAUUGAGAUAUGGAACCUUGUUUUUAUUCAAUUCAACAGGGAAAAUGAUGGCUCCCUUAAAUCUCUCCCUGCCAGGCAUGUUGACACUGGCAUGGGAUUUGAAAGACUGACUUCGGUACUUCAGAACAAGUUGAGUAAUUAUGACACUGAUGUGUUCAUGCCCAUCUUUGAUGCAAUCCAAAAGGCAACUGGAGCUCAGCCUUAUAGAGGAAAAGUUGGACCAGAUGAUGUGGACAAUGUGGACAUGGGAUAUAGGGUUGUUGCUGAUCAUAUCAGAACUCUUUCAUUUGCCAUUGCUGAUGGGUCUUGUCCAGGUAACGAGGGACGUGAAUAUGUUUUGAGACGUAUCCUUCGUCGAGCAGUUCGAUAUGGAAGUGAAGUUUUAAAAGCUCAAGAAGGAUUUUUCAAUGGACUGGUGAGUGCUGUUGUGAAAUUGAUGGGUGAUGUCUUCCCAGAGCUGAAACAACAUGAGGUGCGAAUUAGGGAGAUAAUUGCAGAAGAGGAAGCAAGUUUUGGGAAAACUUUGCUAAAGGGAAUUGAGAGGUUUAAGAAGGCCGCUCAGGAUGUACAAGGGAAGAUAUUGAGUGGGCAGGAUGCUUUUAUCUUGUGGGAUACAUAUGGAUUUCCAUUAGAUUUGACUCAGUUGAUGGCGGAAGAGAGGGGGCUGCUGGUUGAUAUUCAGGGUUUCAAUAAUGCCAUGGAUGAGGCAAGGGAAAGAUCAAGAAAUGCUCAAAAUAAGCAAGCUGGUGGUACUAUUGUCAUGGAUGCUGAUGCUACAGCAUCAUUGCACAAAAAGGCAGUUGCUUCAACCGAUGACAAAUUCAAAUUUAUUUGGUUUAAGGAUCAUGAAAGUGUGGUAAAGGCUAUUUACACUGGUAGUGAAUUUCCAGAAAGUGUAGCAGCUGGUGAUGAAGUUGGUUUAGUCCUGGAAUCUACAAGUUUUUAUGCUGAGCAAGGUGGUCAGAUUUUUGAUACGGGAUCAAUUGAAGGUCCCUUUGGCUCAUUUCAAGUAUGCAAUGUUCAAAUAUAUGGAGGUUUUAUUGUACAUAUCGGUUCAUUUAAUGGAGGGAGUGGCAGAAUUUUUCUGGGUGACAAAGUUAUUUGUAAGGUCGACUACGAGCGGCGUAAGCUCAUUGCUCCUAACCAUACUUGUACACAUAUGUUGAAUUUUGCUCUUAGGGAAAUACUUGGAAAUCAUGUUGAUCAGAAGGGUUCAAUCGUUCUUCCUGAAAAACUGAGAUUUGAUUUCUCUCAUGGCAAGCCAGUGGAUCCUGAGGAUUUGAGAAAAAUAGAAUCAAUUGUGAACAAACAAAUAGAAGAUGAGCUGGAUGUAUAUGCUAAGGAGGCAACCCUUGCUGAAGCAAAGCGUAUUAAUGGGCUACGAGCUGUUUUUGGAGAAGUGUAUCCCGACCCAGUUAGAGUUGUCACAAUUGGGAAAAAUAUUGAGGAACUCCUGGCUGAUCCAGAUAAUGAAAACUGGUUAACCAUUUCUUCGGAGCUGUGUGGAGGGACCCAUAUAUCAAAUACACGGGAAGCAAAGGCAUUUGCCCUUCUAUCUGAAGAAGGAAUUGCUAAGGGAGUUCGAAGAAUUACUGCUGUUACUACUGAUUCUGCCUUUAAGGCAAUUGAGCUGGCUCAAUCGCUUGAGCAGGAGGUUGACGCUGCUUUUAGUAUAGAUGGUAGCUUGCUGGAAAAGGUGGUUUCUUCGUUCAAAAACCGUGUUGAUUCAGCACCAAUUCCUGCUGCUAAAAAAGCUGAAAUUAGGGCUAAAAUUGCCUUGCUCCAGAUUGAAGUGAGGAAGGUUCAGAAGAAGCUUGCUGAAGAAAAUAUGCAGAAAGCUGUCAAAAUUGCAAUUGAAACAGCAGAAGUGGCUUCUUUAGAUGGCAAGGCCUUCUGUAUAUCCCAUGUUGAUGUUGGUUUGGAUGCAGCCGCAGUUCGUGAAGCAGUUGUCAAAGUUAUGGAACAGAAGGGCAUAUCAGCGAUGGUUUUCAGCACUGAUGAAACCACAAAGAAAGCCGUGGUUUGUGCUGGGGUUCCUCUAAAGGGGAGCCAAGGGAAGCAACUAGAGGCGUCAGAGUGGUUGACAAAAGCUUUGCAGCCUCUGAAAGGAAGGUGCGGGAAGGGGAAAGGUGGCCUUGCUUCGGGCCAGGGAACUGAUGCAUCUCAGAUAAAGGAGGCAAUGGAUCUUGCUACAUCUUUUGCAUYAUUGAAAUUGAGCCAAUGAAAGCUCAGAUUCCUCGAUUCUUAGUUACAGGAGUUUCGAUAUUCUGUUCUGCAAUUAUUUGGGCUAACUUAUGGAAAUUGGGUAUGGAACACAGUAGAAUUUACUGUCAAAACAUUUGCACCCUGCUAUACCUUCCACACUUGAUGAUAGUUUUUUUUUUUUAGUGUCCCAAGUCAAGAAGUUGUAAAGCAUUGUUGCAAUGUAAAAGUUGUGUUUUCUUUUAAUUCAUAUUCUAUAGAAGAUUAAAUUAUAAUUUUGAGCGAAAGCUGGUCGGUUCAACUUAA